AGGUGGCUUUACGAACCAGAAAAUUGACGGAGGUAACAGGAAAGUGAAUCCUACGAAAAGUAGUUGGGGCAUUGGUUUUGAAAUUUCUUCAUCUUAUUCUGUUCAUACUUCAUACGAUCCGAGUCCCCACCAUCCUUCUUCUUCAAUGUUCAGCUUCCACGAGAGCCAAUGGAAUCAGGCUAGCGAGUUUUAGGCAAAUACGUCUCUCCAUCAUCACACCAGUCCCAGGAAAAAUCUGUGCGGUCCAAAUUCCACAACUACUAGCAUCCAUUUUUCUCUUUCUUUCCCUUGGUCUCUGAUAAGGUGGGUUUCCUGUUUGCUUGGUUGCAGGGAAAAUUAAGGAAACGGGAAGGAAAAAAAAAAAAAAAUUGGAGAAAGAAACUUGUUUUAGGUAUCUUCAUGUGGGUUUCUUUGCUUCUUUGUGUUCAAGUAUUCAACUUGAAGAAUUCACAGCUUCUUCUCUUAUAUACUCUCUUUUUUCCCUAGUUUUCUUGAAUUAUUUGUUUAAGAAGGAAAAUCAAGGGUUUCUGCUUCUUCCUCUCUUUUUUUUGAAUGCUUAGAUUUGGAUUUCUGUUUCUUCCUUCAUUUCAUAAUAAUGGAUGAAUUCGAGAUAUAAGAUUUCUUAAAGCUGGUAAUGUUCUUAAUAAAUAAAAGUGAGAAGUUCUUGUGGAUGAUAUACAGAGUUGUUGUAGACUAUCAUCAUAUUUAGUAUGAAAAUUUAACUUUUGUUAUUUGUUACCAUCUUUAGAUGUUUUAAUUACUGGUUGAUCAUGACACUGGUAUAACAACUAACAUACAUUGGCCUAGAAGAUGAGAAAUGUUUGUAAAUGUAAAUGUUUUUACAGGUCGGAAGUUUCAUUUCAGUUGACACCACUGCUGCAUAACAAUAACCAGUGAUGACUUGUUUACGUGCAAUUUUCAAAAAGAAGUCAGCUCCUCCAGCUACACAAACAACAGAAAUUGAUGAAGGUAUGCCGAAAUGACUUGACAAAUUUUGUCCCAUUUAGGAAUGAAAAAUGUUACCUAUCUAUUGAAUAUGGUUCCUAUAAAACUAGGAUCUGUGGUUGGAUUUACGAAAUUGACUAAGGUACAGGUGAUAGAGUUGUAACUUGAGCAAUGACAUUAGCCAAUAUAUGGUAUGAUCAAGAACUAAACUUUUCUGAAUUCCUGAUUUUAUCAAACUUAUGCACUCUUAAAUGGCUGGAAGAAAAGAGUAUUUAUUCACACACAUGGACAAAGGGGUCCAGCCAUCCUUUGGCAAGACUUCCCUUUUGUAUGUUUUAUGUCCACAGAGGAGUUCCUAAUGUUAACUCAUUCAUUCCAGAGGUUUCAGGCAUUCAGAAUACUACAUUGUUUACUUACAAAGAACUUAAAGUGGCAACUGGAAAUUUUCAUCCCUCCAAUAAAAUUGGAGAAGGAGGUUUUGGUGUUGUCUAUCGGGGAACUUUAAGAGAUGGAACUGAGGCUGCCAUAAAGGUACUGUCGGCUGAUUCUAAACAAGGGGUGAAGGAGUUCUUGACAGAAAUAGAAAUUAUUGCAGAUAUAGUGCAUGAAAACCUGGUUAAGUUGUAUGGCUGUUGUGUAGAAGGCAAACACAGAAUUUUGGUCUAUGGUUAUCUUGAGAAUAACAGCCUUACCCAAACACUUCUUGGCGGACGACGUAGCAAUAUCCAAUUCAGUUGGCAGACACGAUGUAAUAUCUGCAUUGGUGUUGCAAAGGGGCUUGCUUUCCUUCAUGAGGAAGUUCGGCCACGCAUUAUUCAUAGAGACAUCAAAGCAAGCAAUGUCCUCCUUGAUAAAAAUCUCAUGCCAAAAAUUUCAGAUUUUGGUCUGGCAAAGCUUUUCCCAGACGACUUGACACAUAUCAGCACACGUGUUGCUGGAACUGUAGGUUAUCUUGCACCUGAGUAUGCUAUACAAGCUCAACUGACAAGGAAAGCAGAUAUUUAUAGUUUUGGUGUUCUACUAUUGGAAAUUGUGAGUGGGAGAAGCCACACAGAUAGGCGAUUACCUGUUGCAGAGCAAUAUCUUCUUGAAAAGGCAUGGGAGUUGUAUGAGAGCGGAAAGCUAAUGGAAUUGGCAGAUACAUCCUUGAAUGGGGAGUACAAUGCUGAAGAAGCUCUGAGAUACCUGAAAAUUGGCCUAAUCUGCACGCAAGACAAGCCAAGACUCCGGCCACUCAUGUCUAAGGUUGUCAAGAUGCUUGCCGGUGAUAUAGAGUUGAAUAACCAGGAGAUAACAAGACCCGGCCUGCUUUCAGAUUUCAUGUUUCUUAGAGCUGACAAAGGUAGAAAAGGAAACAUGAAGAACUCAUCCUAUACCAUCUCUGAGGGCACAAGCAGAUUAAACUUAUCUUCAUUACCAGAAAAUAUGGACACAUCAUUUGCCACCAUGACCUUUACAUCAAUUGAUGACCGAAGUGACUGAGGUCUAACUUCUUCUUCUCUCGUUCUCUGCUUUCAGAAAUUCUUCCAUAGGUCUUCUGAGAGAAAUUUUGUUUUUAUGUGAACUAGAAACAGUGUUAAAUAUUGUAAUCAAUAAGCACUAUCAAAGAAGGAAAAAGAUUGCAGGUUUACUUGAAUUUUGUGCCAAUAUAGACUACAAUUACUG